CAGUCUGUCGGUCGAUCACGUCGCGCACGCACGCUAUCUCUGUCGCGAGCCCAAUAAAUCGAGCCCCGAAUGGAACAUCACUACUGAGGCUGGGCCGUGGUGUGCGCAUGCGCGGCGCAACAGAUUGGUGGGGCGCGCGGCACCCACUGCCGCCUGCCAUUCUCGCGCCGCCUGCUCUCCAAACAGUGCGUGCGUCCUUACCGCUCCUGCAAAGUUCCUGGCGAGUUCGCGAGAGAAUUAGAUAAUUAACUUCGUAUUUCUGUAUAUAGUGUCUUCUUGCUUAGUCGUUUCGUUGGUAAUAAAUAUGUUAAGUGUAAUCUGUAUAUAUUAUCCUCUAAAUGUACAUAAUAUAAUAUAUGUAAUUAUGUAAAUUCGUAGUUCAAAUUGUACUUUCAUUAACCGUAGCAAUGUGACGAAUAGCAAAAUGUGGACUUUCGUUAUUCAAACUGUAUGUGUGACGUAAUGUCGUCAAAGACUAUGAAGCGACAGAGACGCAAAAUGUGAGUGGAGUGAGAGAAGAUGUCGUUGCCUAUGAAACGAUCGUUCAGUUCUGAGGGGGGGCCGUCUUCCAAGAGAGAUUGGAAGAUGCGGCUCAGCCUCAGAAGUCGUAGCGGACACAGCGUUGAGGCGCUGCGCGGGCGCAGAUGUGCGUCGCUGCGUUCAGCCGCGACGCCGGUGCGCGCCGCCGACGAUUCGGGGCGGAGCACACCGUCCGCCCCGGCGCGGGCGUCGCCCUCCCCGGCCGACACACCGGCACCAAAAAAGUCUAACUGGGAAGUGAUUGAGCACUUCUCAUCGACCAGUCGAAACAAAAAAAGUCCCACAGCCGUGGAAACAGAUGGCGGCGCGGCGUCGUCGCCGGCGCUGCCGCUGUGCCCGGCGGGACGGCCCGACGCUGACAUACAGCCACUACUCUGUGAAGAGGGUGGCGGCGAGGGCGGAGCCGCUGCCGGCAAUAAUCCUGAUGAAGACACAAACGCCACCUGCUGGCGUAAUUGUACCCAGACAUGUCCUACACCAGUUAGGUCACUAUGCGCAUCCCACCGAUUUGACAAUUUACACGUUGAAAUGCUUUACCAACGUUACUUCCUCCGCAUGAACCAGACCAACAUGACUCAUUUGCUGGGUCUCCUUCUUGUGGUGGCUGUAGCGUUGAUGAUCGUCCAGCUGCGAACUCUGCUGAUUGCCCAGAACAUCCUUCAUGUCAUGAACACGCCUGUAAACGAUUCUACUCUUUUGGAUACUGACCUUUUAAGUUCCGGCACCAGAUUCGAUCUUCCGUUCGAUGACUUCAACUCUGCCUUGUUGGACCCCAACGUGACUCUCAGACGAAUCUACUAUGAGAAGGAACGGGUGGCACACAUCGUCAACGCGAUCGUCUUCGGCAUUACAGCGCUUGUUUAUGCCUGUCUCCUGGCGUGCCUCAGCCGGCCAGCGAUGAAUGAAAUAUACCUUCUGACGAUCUCGUAUGUGGUGCUUGUCACCUUCCUCCUCAUCGAGCUGUCGUUGACUAUCACCACGCUGCUGAGGUCUCUGAGCAUAAGCGCGGGCGCGUGCGCGUUCUUCACUUACGUUACUUACGCGGCGCUGCCGGUGCGACUCCACGAAGCCACGCUCGGGGGUAUCGCCCUCGCCGCCGUCAACAUCGGUGCUCGCCUCGCCUUCGAGCACGUCAGCGACGUCGAGGUGUACUGUAGUGUGGCAGCUCUGUUAGCGUGCAAUAUCGCGGGUGUCUUGACACACAACCCUCGCGAGAUGGCGCAGCGCCGGGCCUUCCUUGAGACGAGGGACUGCGUCGAAGCGAGGCUGGUCACACAGCGGGAGAACCAACAGCAGGAGCGUCUUCUGCUGUCGGUGCUCCCGCGGCAUGUGGCGGUGGAAAUGAAGGCCGACAUCGCGAACCAGCCGCGCCAGGAACAGUUCCACAAGAUCUACAUCCAGAGAUAUGAAAACGUCAGCAUCCUGUUCGCGGAUAUCUGUGGUUUCACGUCUCUGUCCGACCAAUGCACUGCCGAGGAACUGGUGCGACUCCUGAACGAACUCUUCGCCAGAUUCGAUCGACUCGCGGCCGAACACCACUGCCUCCGUAUUAAGCUGCUGGGCGAUUGCUACUACUGCGUAUCUGGACUGCCCGAGGCGCGCGACGACCACGCCAAGUGCUGCGUCGAGAUGGGUCUUGACAUGAUCGACGCAAUUGCAUUGGUGCGCGAGGUGAUGGCAGUGAACGUGAACAUGCGCGUAGGUAUUCACACCGGCCGCGUCCACUGCGUGGUGCUCGGCCUUCGCAAGUGGCAGUUCGAUGUCUGGUCCAACGACGUAACCCUCGCCAAUUACAUGGAGAGCGGUGGCGUCGCCGGCCGCGUGCACAUCACGAAGGAAACGUUGAGUUGCCUCGGUGAAGACUACAAGGUUGAGCCAGGGUAUGGCGGACAGCGCAACACAUACCUCAAAGACCAUAACAUUGAGACAUACCUGAUUGUACCAGACGACACUAGCCGAGUGGAUAAGAAACCCCAGCAUUCAUUUUCUUUGAAUGGAAACGUCUCGAAGGAAAUGCGUGUGAUGGGUCACGGCUCACAACACGGGAAGCACUCCUCCAAGAUCGGAGUGGACUCUAGCAAUGAGAACAAGAAGCCAGAGGAUGAAGUGAAUGAGUAUCUAAUGAAGGCCAUCGACGCACGCUCCAUCGACCGUCUCCGAGCUGAUCACUGCCAGCCCUUCACCCUCACCUUCCGUGACGUGACCCAAGAACGAAAGUACAAUGCCGAGCGGGACCGAAUGCUAAAGGCAUACUUCUCUUGCACGCUAGCAGUGUACCUUGCGGUCAUCAUCAUUCAGCUGCUCGCCUUCAACAUCACGCUUGUGAGCCUUGUGAUGAUGGGACUGUGCUCCAUGGUGCCACUUCUCAUCGGCUACCUCGUUUUCUGCAUCGACUUCAAGCAUACCUCUGCAUUUGUCCGACGAAUCUCAAAAAAGGUCCACAACAACAGGAACCUGGCACAGGUCCUGUCCGGGCUGGUGGUCGGAGCUCUCAUCCUGCAAAUCCAAGUCAUCAUGGUGUACGCCAUGUAUUUCGAGGACCGACCGACGAAACAGUUCGAGGAGGGCAUCAUCUGUCUGUAUGAUAUGAAUGAGCACUACCUUCUGCUGACCUUGCUGGCAAUGGCGCUGUGCGCUGUCCACCAGAUCCUGAUCACAAUGGUCAAGACCACGUUCCUGAUCAUCAUCGCGACCAUGUAUGUGGGCAUCACUGUUCAGGAACACCUCUUCUACAAAGAGUUCUUCCAAGACUUCCAACACCACUGUGGUUUGGACUGGAACCAGCAGCUGACCAACAUCGUCAUCGCGCUGGCAGCCACCGUAGCGCUGAUCCUCCAUUCCCAGCAGACUGAGAGCACAUACCGCCUCGAUUUCAUCUGGAAGCUGCAAGCCAACAACGAGAAGGAGGAGAUGGAGCACCUCGAGGCAUACAACCGCAAGUUGCUGGCGAACAUUCUACCAGAGCAUGUCGCGCAACACUUCCUAUGCAGCGACAAGAACAUUGACGAGCUGUACCAUGAGCAAUGCGAUUCUGUGUGCGUCAUGUUCGCAUCCAUCCCCAACUUCUCCGAGUUCUACGUGGAGCUGGAGGGCAACAAUGAGGGUGUGGAGUGUCUCCGUCUCCUGAACGAAAUCAUCGCAGACUUUGACGAAAUCCUCGCCGAAGACCAAUUCAAAUACAUUGAGAAGAUCAAGAGCACUGGCGCUACGUAUAUGGCUGCUUCAGGUCUGACCGCGGCCACUCGCGACCUUCGCGGCUACCGGCACGUGACAGCGAUGGCCGACUACGCUCUACGCCUUCGCGAACAGCUGCAAUAUGUCAACGAGCAUUCCUUCAACAGCUUCCGCAUCCGCAUUGGAAUCAACAUCGGACCCGUUGUUGCCGGUGUGAUCGGUGCUCGGAAGCCGCAGUAUGACAUCUGGGGUAAUGCUGUCAACGUCGCCUCACGCAUGGACUCUACCGGCCUUCUGGACCACAUUCAGGUGACGCAAGAGGUGUAUGACAUUCUAGCAACUCGCGGAUACAAGCUUCGAUGCCGUGGGACCGUUGAUGUGAAAGGGAAGGGUAAUAUGGUGACCUUCUUCUUGGAUGGCGUCGGGGAGACGACUGAGCCUGGCGUCAGGGACAUUUACAAUAAUCCUACGCCAUCAACAUCAACUGACGGGGACCUGGGCGGUGGCAAUGAUCCCAAAGGCCGUGACCACCGCCCGCUGGAGACCCUGUCUGAAGGCUACGCGGAUGAAGACGCCGGUCCCUCACCACGUACCUCCAUUCCAACAGAAAACCAGAAUGGCUCAACGAGUCCGCGUGUGGCCAACGGAGCGAGUACAUCACGCGAGAGCGUUGCGAGCGCGGUGCGAGCACGGGUUCGCCGCAAGCUCGAACGUCCGCAUUCGUUCGCCGACGCCACCGACGUGCCACUGCCCGCCGUCCUCUCCAUGAUCCAUGCCCGCGCCAGCUCCAGCGACCUCACUAAGGAUCAUGGACAACGACGCAGCGUAGCAGAGUCGCGCAGCAGUGGCGAAAUCGAAGCUCUGCUUGAGUACGGCGCUCCGCGGCGGGCUGCCAGCCUGGCGGACUUCCUCUUCCGCCGGAAACAUGACAAAUACAAGAUGGCAAUCAACGUCAUCGAGAAUCCCAUGCACACCAUGUACGACUCUGCGCAAGGGGGCGACGGCCCCGUUGUGUAAACAGUGGAAACACCCCUCGGAAUUGACAUUAACAUUCUGACUUCCUACUUUAGCUCUUUUCUGUGGCGUUGCAAAUGUCGCAAGCCACAGAAAGUGGCUCCACUCGGAUUGGUCCCAACUCGAAGACUGAACAUAAAAUACAAUGAAAAUUACAACGGAACGUGUUGACACGCUUCUGAAAUCGGAUACGCUUACGAAUUUAUUGUUAUUAUGUAAUAUACUUAUAGGUUAGUGGAUGAAUCCAAAAGUAUAGCGUCUCGCGUCGCUAUGGCGCACAGUUCGAAUGUUAACCAUGUAAAUAUAUAAAUAGCUUUGCACGUAUUGUUCAUGUAUUUAUUAUGUUCAAUUUUAUCACUAGUUGUAAGUUUAUUGCCUUGUGUUUAUAGCAUUAUUUAGCAGAUGUCUUAUUACUGUCAAAAUAUUAGCUUGUUCCAGCAAUGUUAUUGGUGAUUUUGUUUAUUGUAGAGAUUUUUACAAUCUUCUAUCUCAGAGUCUCAGUUCAGCAAUCACUUUGCAUCAAAUAAUUGUAAUAUGCCUUGAACAGUUGUAAAAAAUGAAUGUUAAAUAUAACCGUAAAAUAAAACAAAAAAAAAAAACACAAAAAAAAAAUAUUCAUGUCGUUUAACAUUUUUGCUGACAAAUCAAAUUCGUCUAUAGACGUUAUUAUCAGCGAAAUUGUUUAUGUAAAUAUAAAUAGUAUAGAACCAAGAGAAAGCCUGGAUGACAGCAAGUACAAGUUUUAUACUAUAGUACUAUCAGAGGUGUUGUGUUGUGUUGAGUCUCAGGAUAUGCGCUUAUGUGGAAACAGCGUUUCGGCGUAAUUAACAAUCAACUUUGGGGGGACGAAGAUGCGCAGGCGCAAUAAGGCUGCGUUUCCACUGACGCCGAGCGGAAAGGAGCUUAGUAUUAAUUGACUAGUAAAAAGACGAAAUUCUCCGCUGCGAUUCAAUGUAGACAGUAUGAGCGGAGCGGUAUUGUGUUAAUUAGUGAGCCUCUACUACGUGUUUGUUAUGAAGAUCUUUAUAAUUAUUUAAAAAGCGGAAUUAUUUCAUCAAAAGCUGAAACAAUAUAAAAAAGAAACAAUAGUAAAGUUUUUUAUAUGAAUUUAAAUUACUAAUUUUAUUGGUUUUCCUUUUGUGCAAAUAUAACGACGGCGCGUUAAAUGGCGCCUGAUUUCAAAUUAAAAAAAGCGAGACAGAUGCGUCUCCGUCCCUCUUUUUCAUUUCACCGCUCUUCUCCGCUCCGCUUCUGUAGAUAAUCGGCUUGCUAUUAAUUAUGUGUAUUAAAUACUAUGUAUUUUCGACAGAACGAUAUAGAUCCAAUAUAAAAUGUAUGCAUGACCGAUAUAAACCCUGUUUCUACGUAAAGCCUGAUUGUUUGAUCAACUGAAGUUGCGUAUUGUAUCAAGUAUUAAGAAGCAGUAUGUUUUAAACUCACAAAAUAAUCAUUGUCAGAUUAAGUAUUCAAAAAGGACACCAAGUUUCAUUGUAAACCUUUUAACUUUUCGAUGACGGGUCCCACUGCUGGGACAAGGUUUCCUACUUAUUUGUCCACUCAUUUGACGACCUCGGUGACGCAGUGGUAAGGUUCUUGCCACUGAACCGAGAGGUCCCGGGUUCGAACCCCGGUCGGGUCAUGAUGGAAAAUUAUCUUUUUCUGAUUGGCCCGGGUCUUGGAUGUUUAUCUAUAUAUGUAUUUGUUAUAAAAUAUAGUGUCGUUGAGUCAGCAUCCCAUAACACAAGUCUCGAACUUACUAUGGGGCUAGCUCAAUCUGUGUGAUUUGUCGUAAUAUAUUUAUUUAUUUAUUUAUUAUCUCUGACCGAAGCAAAGUCGUGAAUCCGUUAUGUUUUGCAUGGAAUUCAACCUAUUUUCGAAAACAUUUAUAAAAAUAGCACAUUGCUCAUAUAUUCUUGACAAAAUUCCCUGGAACACUAUACCACAAAGAUUAAAAACCAAAAAAACGCAAAUUUACUUCAGAACAGCCCGGCCUAUAUCACUCUUCACCCUACCAGGUGGUAUCACCGCACAAAAAUAUUAUUAAAUGACUCCCAUUUGAACUUCCAUGCUGGUCUGGAAGUUAAAUAUAAACAUAGAAUGUGUCAGCUGUUCUCCCGCCCAGAUUGCAAGGGAAACAACGUUAUUCUAGAUCCUCUCCAAAGGGCGGUAGGCAAUUUGUCACCAUUUGCCUCUAUUCUACCAUUGAGCCCACCAUUACAGCUAACGUGCUCUCGCAAGUUUCGCUCUGUCUACCUCAUAAGGGAUAAAAACGUGAUAUAGUAUCCGUUUCAACGUGAAAGAAGGACAAACAAACACACUUUCACAUAUUACAAUGUAAAUACGCUGUCUCUUUAUACUUGAUGCAAGAUUAAUAAAGAAAAUGUUGUGAAUAUGAUUGCAUUUCUUAAUUUUAAAUAAUGAAUGUAAAUAUUUAUUGUAUAACAAAUAAUAUAAUAUAAGACAGAUGUAUGACUGUGGCGUAGGUUUCCCAUGAAUAUCAUACUUAGAUUUUGGUGUAUUUUAAAAUACCAUGGACAUUAAAAUGUGUCUUUAAAAUAAUCGGUUAAACAUUAGAGGUUAAAAUCGGUCUAAUUUCCCUAUAAUUUAUUUAAGCUCAUUUUAGAGGAGGCUAUUUUGAAAAAUAUUUUUGUGUUCACAAAUGGUGUUUAAUGAAAUAUAACAAUGUAACAAGUUAUCACUUCGAUACUAUUUGUAAUUUAAAAAAAAAAAAAACAAGAAAUCCCCACCAUUUAAAUUUCCAAUUCGUCGCCAUAGUUUCAAUAUCCACGUCAUUUUGGGACCAGUAACCGUCGAGCCUAUUGUCACAGUUAUAUAAGGCUAUAAUUAUAUCUAGUAUACGAUUGUCGCUUUGGCCAGUUACUGGCAAAUAUUCUACUUAGUUGAUAAAAUCACCCGGUCUCAAUGACUGUUCUGUAUAUAGCUCUAUACAUAAAUAUGUAUUAUAUAUAAUUAUGCCUAUAUUUGUAAAACCUGAGCUUACUACUGGAUCUUCAAAAGAUUGUUGUAAUGUCGGGUAAAUUUAGAUAGGGUUGUUAACUUAUUAACUAUGAUGUUUCGACCAAACAUUGGCCUUUUUUGUAUAGUUACUGCGAAUAUUUUCGAAUUAAUCUUUACGCAAUGAAUGGCACGCACCUAACCACGCGAGUCAAAAAAGGGUUUCUAAAAAAUUGUAUUAAAUGAUUGCGGGUUGUUCUCGUCCUCAAUCACAAGCCCGCUGUGUGAUUGGUUGGCUGUAUUUCACUGCGAAACGUAUCUCUUAAAGAUAAUUAGUAUUUGAUGUUAAACUUAUUAGCAAUUAUUUGUUAUUACUGAAUUCGUUACUUUUAAGGUACUUACUAUUCUGUACUGUCACAUUUUAGCGAAUAAUUGAAAAUACUACAAGUAUUUUGAUGGCCACCACUUUUGGUUUAGUCCUUGCAUAAUGGAAACCAAAUUAUACUAGGUAUGUGAUAUAAUUCGUCAUUAUCACUAAGCUAUUUAUUUUUCGCCAAGAAAUUGAUAAAAUUCUAAUGGCGGCGCUUGCGUGCGGCUAGAUAUCGCCAUAACUCUACUAAUAUUACACCAUUUACUCAAGCAGUGUCGGCCUGUCGGUGCCUCAUCUCCUUUUGAAGUACCUAAUUUCAAAGUAUUUAUUAAUGUAUUUACUACACUAAAUUGUCUAGUUAUACUUUUGUAUAUAGUUUAAUGUGAAAUAGGUUAUAAUGCGUCUUAAAUCUGAAUGUGAUUUUCCCUUUUGACUUCCUAUGCACUAAAUAGUUACGUAAGAUAAUUUAAGUCGUUAUGUUUACAGCAUAGUAUUGAUUGUUUUUCUAUAUAGGUGGGCUACUCGAGCUAGAUCAAAAAACAAACAACUAUAUACUUUAUUUAUAUAAUGUGGGUAUCAUAGGUACUAAUUUAAUAUAAUUUUGCAUUUAUAAUUACAUUGAUUUUACCAUAUAUUUACAAGUAUUUAUAUUACAAGAAAUCACAAUUUUAUAACCUACAUAAUACUACGUAGCAAUCCUUUGCUUUUAUCAUUAUUUUGUAUUAUAAAUGUGAAAAAUGCAUAACUCCUCUAAAAACAAUGUAUAUAUUACGCCAUACAUUUUUCAGAUCUUGAAUUUCAGUCAGUUUGAGGUGCACAUACGAUUUUGUUAAUCAAUUCGUGAGAUAAUGAACAGACCGGAGUGUUGUUAUUUAAGUCUUUCAAUCUAGCUCGAGUGUCUCACCUAAGAAAUGCAAUAGUAUCUAAUCAUAAAAUUUUAAACGCGUUUGUUACCGUACAAUCGAACAAAGAUCCUACCAACAGAUACUGAAUAAAAGUUAUACCAAAUAAUUUCAUCCAAAUAUACGUACUUAGUUUGCUUCUAAGUUUAGAGUUAUAUCUAUUUUAUUUUUAAUAAUUUAUCAGAAUAGACACCUUAACAAAAUUGUGUUAUAAUAUCAAAAUAUGAAAGUAGAUCUUAGCUGGUAAAUAUUUCAUUUUAUUCAUCCCGCGAUAUAGAAAGCUAAUUAUUUAUUGUCAAAUGAUUGCUGUUUAUUGUUUAUGUUUCCGAAUAGAAUCUUAGGUAUGGUGUGCAAGAUCGUUUUUAAUAAAUGUUCUUAAUGAAAAUUAAGCUGACACAGAUGUCAAAAAUCUAUAUAAAAAUAAUAAUUACAGUUACUUUUGGAUUUGUACGGUCCAAACAAAAAAUAUUAUAACAUAGUAAGUUAUAUGUGUAUAUUGAACGCUUUGGUUGCACAUCAUGGUCGAUUGACCGCCCGGUCAAUCGACCAUUACGACGGCUACGACCAUUACGACCCGCCGAGAUAGGUGGUCAACCGAUGACGCGCGCCUUGAUUGGGUGACGAAUUAAAUAUGCCUGAUUGUUGUACUCAAUAAUUUAUUAUUUUAAGGUGUAAGGUCGAUUGACCAUUAAGGUCAUCCCAAUCGAUCAUGCACACCAUGGUAUCAUCAACAGUGAUUCCAUCUUUAUUUGACAUCCUAGGAGUAAUUCUGUUUUGGCUGCGUACUUACUCGAAAUUGUAUUACAAAAAUUAAAUUACAAAAGAAUGUAAAUAAUCUUAUUACAGAGAAGAAAAACAUUAGAGUUUAAUUAGGUCUAUGUUUCCUGUUGGCAGCAACCCUAUUGCUGUCUCCACGGAGCUACCGUGAGAGGUCGCCAUUAUGUAACCCUAGCUAUAAUAUAAAACUAAUCGUUUAUCAAUGUAAUACCUGUACAAAUAUAUUCAACAGAAUCUAGAUCUUCCACGAGUUAGAGCCGGUAAAUAUACGAUUAGUCGCGAUUGUUGUGCAAAUCCACUGUAUAGUUCGCCGAGCUGAUAGUAACGCUGAAUAUUUGAUGUUUAUCUUUUAGCCUCAAUUUAAUAUUGGAUAAUGUAAAAAUUUAUGUCCAAAAAUCUGAUUAUUGACCUAGGUCCAUAAUCAGAUUUUUGAGAGCCUAGGCUCCAUAGUGAAUGAUUAGAUAGGUGUUUCGUCCCUCAACAUUACCACAGGACGAAACGCCUACUUUAAAAUAUCUUAAUAUCUGUUUGUUUUGCGAUUCGUCAAAACAGUUUCUAUUUGUAAAAUCGAUGUACUUUAGUGUUGUAAUAUAUAUAAACUGAGGUACAGUUUAUAUAUUUGUCAAAGUGUAAUAUGUACGAUAAUUCGUGAAAGCAUAUCAAACUAUUUUUGAACGGAUCGCAUACCAAUUAUUUGUGUUUCGAUGAAACAUACCGUGUGUAUUAUUUAUUUUAUCCAAGUUAGCAUAUUUUAAAGAAUGAAAAACUCAGGCUACACAAAAUGUGAAGUAUCUUAGCGUUGAAAUAGAUAAGCCUUAUGUGCUCCAUGAUAAAGUUUGCUCCCCUAAAAAUAUAGACAGGCGAGUAGCGAUAGGCGAUGACGCCAACAUUACCCGAUAAAUUUUAUAAUGUUUUUAAUUUGCCUAAAAUUUGAUUUAGAAAGUAUUUUAAAACUUUUCCAUUGUAUUAACGUCAUUUUUUGCAUCAAAAUGUCUUUAUACGUAAAUAGAUAAGGUCUUCGGCUGUUUAUUAAAGAAAGUUGGCCAUGUUUAUGCACGUUAACAUAAUAAGUAGAUAUUAAGUGCACCAGAAUCAAUGAAUGUAAGUAGUGUUUAAACAUUACUACCUGCUAGACUACAUCAGACCCAGAAUUUAUUUUAGUUCCACUUAAUAGGGCAUUAUUUUUGACAGAUUCUGACAAAUUUACUUAGUUACCUUCAUCUAAUUGAGGCCCAGUAUUAAAUUUGGUCCCACUUGGUGUAUCAUUUUUGACAGAUUCUGAUAAGCUUUCUUAAAUGUUACCUUGCGUCUAUUUCAGACCCAGAAUUAAAUUGGGUCCCACUAGUUUGAUAGAUUUGUUUUUUUUUUCAUGCUAGCAUUGUGCCCUUGAGUCAUACAGACUUUUAAAAUCUGUAUUAUGUUCCUAGUGUUAUUGUUAGUGCUAAGUACACGUCGACGAAUUAUGAAGGUCGCGACGGUGGGCCGCGCAGUGAAACUUGGUAGAAAGACUUGGUAAAACCACAGUAGUCCUACCGGUGCCACUGACAUAUAUCUCCAAUUAUAUUUUGUCAUGAAUAUCCAAUUAUAUUUAUUCUUGUGCAACAGUCAUCCUAUGUUAUCGAGACACAAAUCUUCCUAUUUGAGCCCUUUUAAACUCUCGAUUAAAUCUUGUCGAUGCCAUUUGUAAUAGUAAUGUUGCCAGUGAUGAAAAAUGCUUGUCGUUUUUAUGUGUAAAUAGAUAAUUAUUUGUCAAAUUUAUUUAUCUUUAAUUUUUAAUUCAAAUAUUUGACAAGAAAUGGGCUUGUGUGUUUAUAUUGAACAUAAAUUCCAUUAGUUCCUUAAUUUCAUUGGCGCUUCUUUGUUUUCGUUCCACGCCAAUCAUUCCAUAAUGUUGCCAGUAUUUUGCGAUUAUAGUUUGCUGUCUAAUUACAAUGAACGUCAUGAUUAAUUAAUUAGCCUCUAACCAUCGUCGCCACUUUCGUUUCGUCACUGGUAUUAAUGUAUUAUUAGGAUAAAUUAUAAUUAUAAUGAUCUCUAUUUAAAAUGAGAGAUACUGAACUAUUUCUAUUUAUUAAAAUAUUUGAUAUUUCAAAUCCUUUUCGGCCUAAUUACUUAAGUACAUGUUUGGUUGCCGUAUGUUAACCGUUAUAUCACUAAAUCGAAAAAUAUUUGCCUUGUGAAAAUGUACCUUAUAUUGUGGUAGUACCUAACGGCUUUACGAUAUCUUCCGAACCACGUACUAUUGUUACAUUAAGACGAUACAUAUAUAAAGGUAUCAGGUAGAAGUUGUUUAUAAUAAUAUCUGUAAGAUCUUGUCUGAGUACAGGUUUACAUUUUGUGAUAUAACGGUUUUUGGAUUUGUGACGGGCCUUGUGCAAACGGUACUAAUUUGAGUUUGUGACGCUAAAUGGAAUCGGAUAUUUUGAUGAUGUCUUCAAUGAAGUUUUUUCCGUAAAACACCUAAUUCAGUCUAAAAGGCUUUUAGGUCUCUAGAAUUAUAGCCAAAAAGCUUCAAACCUUUAAAAGGCUCAAGGCUUUUGGAUCAGAACUUUCCAAAUUGUUGUAGAUCAAUAAAGAAUCCGCGCGGUGCAUAUAUAUAACACUGGCUGCGUCUCGUCUCGCGGUGUUGCCCGCGGUUAACCAUUUCUAAACAAACAGUCUCGCAAAACGUUGUGAGAUCCAUGUAAUACCAAGUCGGUUAAUUUAAAAAACACGUACGUUUUUAAUAUAAUAUUAUAUACAAUAGCGCUUAUUGACAAAAUCCUACUAACCUGUGUGUGUUGAGACGAGAUAUCAGCUAUAUUAGCGAAUAUCGUGAAGAUACUCCACGAACUUUCGCCUUUAUAAUAUUAGCGAGAUGGACUGUAGCUCAGAUCAUAACUAGACGUUUUUACAAGAACUAUUUGAUUUACUUCUGUGUGAUCGACCAUGUUUUGUAUUAUCACAAUGUUUUCUACUGUUUACUAAAAGCCUAACCUAGCAUAAUUGUUCGAGCAUUUCGGAUUGUCUUGUUUUGCCUUGUUUUGUCCUUCUUUAUACAUUAAAAUAUAGAAUAUUUUACAUGAUUUGAAAUUAAUGUCUUCCUUAAACCACGAAGCUUUGUCUGUUUAUCUGAGCUCAAACUCUCUGCUAUCAACGGUUCGCCAAUUUCAAUUCUUCGAUGAACUUAGUGUUAUAUUACAUUGCGUGUUAUAUUACAUUGCGUGUUAUAUUACAUUGCAAGGCAUCAUCAUUGUCCUCCCGGUUUAAUCACUUUGUUUUAAAAUUAUUAUAAGUAGCAUUCACAUGCCAAUAGAAAGAACAUUGUGUUUGAAGUAGGAAGAUAUGAAAAGGUGAUAUUUGUUUCAAGAACUUGGAAGAAUUUGAAGCAUAAGUCAAUUAAUUACAAGAGUGCCAGAAGUGAGUGGAUUAUUGCAAAAGAUUGUAUGAAUGAGAGGGGAGGUGUGAGUGAAAUGACAAGAAGAGUUAAUAUUUAAAAAAAGAAGCGCAUCAGGAGGACAAGUUAUAUUAAUACAUACCUAUUGGUUGUAUUAAUAUAAUCUGUUUAGUAGAUACAGACUGUAAUUAGUAGCACCAGCUGCAAUUCCAUAACCCACAACGGUACAUUACGUAUUCGGUCUGAUUCUAGAUUGUGGUGGCUUAUGAAAUGCUAAGGCAAAAUGCUUACUUAUAAUAAUGAGUUUAGUUACUGUCGUCAAUGGCUUCUGUACCAUUGUUAAAUGUAUCGAUUUUAUUAUAGAUUGUUACUGAAAUAUUUACCCAUCUUCUUGUAUGCCUUCGUUCUAUAAAUCUUGUAAUAAAUGGUGUUACGUGUG